AUGAGAAGCGUUGGAUCUCUGGCACCCGAAGCUACAUGUGCCCUAAAUCUCAUUCCGUCCUCAACAUUGAAUAUGUCGACGUACUUCUCUGCCCUGCUCAAACGAGCGGAAUGCAAGAACAACGACCCUGCCUUCGACGCAUGCGAAACGUAUGUCAGCGACUUCACCAAAACGGGGAUCCCUCUGAUCAUCGGCUUAUCCCUUCUCUUCCUUGCCGGCACAGUGAUGUUCUUCAUCGUUCGACGCCAACGAAGACGACAAAGAGCUGCUGAACUCGCCAAGGAGCGCGAGAUCGACGACAACAUGGAGCUGACAUGGGUUCCCAUUCCGAAGUCAAAUGAAAAUAGUAACUGGCAAGCGCCUCUCAAUUAUGAGGACCCGUCCAAGCCGCCGCCGAGCUACAGUCAAGAGUAUCCGCCUCGGACACAGCAGAAAGAUCGCGGCCGCCGCGCCUCCAGGGACUCGGAUUACGCGUGA